AUGGAUCAAAUCAUGGAUCAAGACCCAGGCUUGGAGCAAAGCGUCCAUUCAAACGACAUGAAUGAGGGCUCUGAACUGGCUUUGCAGCCACCACCAGACGAAUUGCAGAUUUAUGCCAUUGAUGACCAAUGGCUGUUGGAUUCUCUUCGGAAUGCUCCUGCUGCAACUGAGAUUCCCGCAAGCUAUUUUGGUGUCGCCGAUUCUGACCUUUUCGUGACUGAGGAUCAUCCUCCCAAGAACGAUUCCGUGACAACUUUGCAUGGAGAGGGCACAGUAGGUCACAUUUCCACGAAUUCGUACCAAAGAAAUGACGGCUUCCGCCACUUUGUCGGCAAUCAAGACACAACCGCCGACAAUGCUUCGGAGUAUGAUCCAGAAACCGAAACUGAGACGGACGAUGACUUGGGGGACGCCCCAUUCUUGGACUUGGAUGAAGAUGGCGGCAGUAAUGAUGCAUCUCGCAUUGCAACUGAGAAGCCGCGCAAGCCGAGGGCCGUCCGGGGUCCUGUGGCCAAAACCGCCAAGCAAUACAUUGCGCGAGACCACCAAAAGAAGCACCAGAAUCUCAAAGAGCAUUUUCGAAAAGAGAUUUCUAAAAAGAGAGCAUUGGGUGGCGGCGAGGUGGACGUUCAGCCACCUAAAGCGAAGAGGCCUAGACGCAGGCCCAACUCCAAGGGAACAGCUCAGCCGCACAGCAACAUGGAUAAUAGUGCAGUUAUUCAGAAGACUGCCGAUAUGUUCCACAAUAUCAGCAGUGUAUCUGUGGCAGCUAGUACUGGCGCGAUCCCUGCAACGUGUCAGGGUAGAGUCACCAAGGCAUCCCGCCUGAAGCAACUUACCCGGGCUGGGACCCAGGGUAAUGACAACCGCCACAGCGGUACCCAAAAGAAGGAUCUCAAAGAAGCGCUGCGCUUUUUGGGUCAUGCCAGGGUGAGGGCCGUUGGAGAAACCGAUUACCACCUCCAGGGUAUGAGAUCGAAUCUUCGAGAUUGCCAAUUGACGCCUGUCGUAUGGAUGGUGAAGCGUGAAAACGCUGAGGCGCCUCCUUUUGGCGGCGUCCUCGCUGACGUUCCUGGCAUGGGGAAGACUGUUAUGUCUCUUGGUUGCAUUGUCGGCAAUCCACCCGGCAGCGAGGACAAGCUGGAAUGGAGCUGUGGUACCUUGAUCAUUGCUCCUAAUCAGGUAGUCGCUGAGCAAUGGGGCGAAGAGAUUCAAAAACACGUCAAAAUCAUCCCCCCUGAAGACGUCUACUUUUUUCGAAGAAGCUCCAACGUCUUGACUAUAGGCACAAUUGCCAAGUUCACGAUCGUGAUAACCACAUACAACGAACUUCUCGCAGAGUUUCCUUCGAAGGAGAAGCUCGAUGAGAUGAGGGAGACGCACGCCGAAGACCCAAUUGCGUAUAAUCAUGAAUUCCAGACGCUAGUUGGCGAGUUGUUUCACAUCAACUGGUACCGCGUCAUAUUGGACGAAGGCCAUCAAAUCAAGAACCUCGAGGCUCGGACUACCCUAGCUUCCCAUCAACUGCGGGCGAAACACUUCUGGGUGUUGAGCGGGACACCUCUUAUCAACCGAGGAAAAGGUGAUCCCCAGUACUCCCUCGGCAUGGGAAUGGUCCAGCUAACACAUGUCACAGAACUUUUCUCUUACUUAAAGCUGAUCGGAGUUGAAGGGCUCACCACUCAGAAGGAAUUCGAGGAAGAGUUUUUGGACACGGACAAUGGCACAGCACGACUUGACGCCUUAGUCAGCCUGAUAUCCUACCGGAGAACCGAAGAGGAUGAGUUCCUAGGCCGAAAGAUACUCGAUCUUCCAGCCUUGACCCCUGGGGAUCAGUGGGUUGAUCUGUCUGCAGAGGAGCGAAUACUCUAUGAUACCAUAGGCAAUCACUACGAAAACAUUCAGCCUCCUCAGAAGCAUGUUGCCGUCCUCCGUCGGAGACAAGCGAUUUCACACCCUUACUGCCUAGAGAAGGCGUUGAGAGAAGACAUCCAAUCCUACAGUCUGAAGCACAUGGCGAGCCGUCUGCGCGAGCUUGAGGGCAAGACACUUAUACUUCAUCAGAUUGGCACUCGUGCUAAGCGACGCGAAGUGCCACCUAUCCCUGAUAAGGGUCAUGCCAGAGCUUUUGGCAAGAAAAAGAGCAAGAAGGAGAUGGACAAGCGACUCAGUAAGCAGCAGGCGGCAGCAAAAGAAGCCCGGAAAGCGAAGUUGAAAGAAAAGGCGGAUGCACAAGUCCGGAACGUUCCCCCGGAGGAACACCAGUUUACCGAUCCUUUCGGCAAAUCCACAUUUGGUCAAACAUUCAGCAUGGCGAGACUCUUGGAACUCACCAGCAUCGAAAAGCUGGUCAACGAGCAGCGAUGCGGCUUGUGCCAGCGCGACCAGAGCAUACUCGAUCCUAUCAUGCUGCCAAAGUGCGAGCACAUGUUUUGCUCGAGCUGUUUUAUGAACAAGGUUUUGAGAUAUCGCAAGAAAACUUGCCCAGUCUGUGACAAAGGCUUUGACGAGUGGAACGACGUCGAAACGCUCAGAAGCGAGGAGGCCCAGUGCAUCAUGUGGGAUGGAGGCGGAGAAGACAACGAUGACACUGCGUCUAUAUCCGGCACGCCAUCCAAAAUCAAGAAGCAGUCUAAAAAAGCGAGCGAGAAGAGGCGUGAGGCCGCCAAGCGGAAGGAGGUGAAGAGGCAGGUCAACGCCAAGUACGGCGCCGAUACCAUGGGCAACCUCCCAGUCAUUGACGUGAAUGAAAAGGCUUAUAUCAGGAUCGGCAUUAACAACCCUGAAGGCGUUCCUUGCCCCAGUUCCAAGCUUACAGCUUGUAAGGACGUUGUCAUCAACUGGCAAAAGGAGCAGCCAGACGACAAGAUCAUUAUCUUCGUUCAGUUCGUCAAGACUGCUACUAUGGCCGGCGUUAUGCUCAACCUGGAGGGCAUCCCAUUUGUCUAUCUGAUGGGAACGAUGACGACGACGGAAAAAUCUAAAGCUGUGGAGGAGUUCAAGAGCGACCCGAAUAUCAAAGUCCUCGUUGCAUCGAUGAAGUGCGGUGGUCAAGCUCUGAACUUGACGUGCGCGAAUCGCGUCAUCCUGAUUGAUGUCUGGUGGAACAACGCCGCCGAGCGGCAGGCAUUCGGCAGAGUCUUCCGCAUGGGCCAGGUGAAGGAGUCCCAUUACGUCCGCAUCCUCGCCCGGGGCACGAUUGACGAAGACAUUCGCAACCUCCAGGAGGAGAAGUGCGAGGAGAUUGAAGAGGUCCUCCAGGACGACGGCCACGUGCCCCAGAUCCUCUCCGAUUACGAGAUCAUGGCCUUGACAGCUCCCAAGGCCUGGGCCGAGCUGAAGGCGAAUUUGCUCCGCGAGAUUAAGGAGGAGGAGGAGGAGGAGGAGGCCGUGGCUGCGGAUGCAGCGUCCAAGGGCGAAGAACCCCAGAUGGCUGACACUCAUCAACAGGCCAUUGGACCCAUACCCCCUUCUUCUGCGUGUUUGCCUUGA